GCGGCCCUUCGAGCUCGCUCCCGCGGCCCAGCUGAGGGAAGAGGAACCGAAACCGGAGCCCGGAAGGGCGUCGCGUCUGAGCCCGGCGGUCGGAGGGCUGGGGGCUGGGGAGGUGUAAAGAAGGUGAACUAAGAAAGGGAAAAAGGCACAGAAAAAUGUCAGGCAACAAAGAAAGGAAGAAUCAACAAGCUCCUGAAGAAGCUCUGGCUAAACAAGACACAUCUUCAUUAACUGAUGCUGUAGAGCAAGUUGCAAAGCAACAACAAUCACAAACAUCAGAAAUAGAAAAAAACAAAAAAAUUCUGUAUCAUUUACAGAAUGAAUUUCAUGAUCUGGAAAAACAAAUAGCAUCUGUUUCUGCAGAAACUACAGAAAUAGAAAGGCUAACUUAUCAGCAAGAUGCUGCCAUAGAGAAUAGCAAACGUCAGUGUGAAAACCUGGAAAUGCAAAUCAAAUCUUUACAUAUAGAAAAUGUAAAACUUAAAUUUGACAUAGAAGCAGCCCAAGAAAAUUUUGAGGAACACCUGAUAAGAUAUAAUGAUUACUAUGCAAAAAUAAAAGUGCAUAAGGACAGUUUGAGGGAGGAAGAAAGCAAAUGGCCAUUUAUGACUGAACUCCAUGAAAAACAAGAUCUUGUUAAAAAACUAAAGACAAUGAAAGAGGAACUAAGGCAAGAUCUCCAGAAUCCAGAAGGAAACUGGAUGAAACAAGUACAGGAAGAUAUUACAAAGCUAAAGGAUGAAAUUACAACUAUAAAAGAAUCUAUCAUCGAAAAUACUUGUUUUCUUCAGGUAGAAAAUAAGACACAUGAAAAAUUAAGAAAAGAAAUAGAGGUACAACAUAAGAGAUAUGGCGCAAUUCUUAAGCGUUUGCAUUGUCAGGUGAACAAGCUUCAGUCAAAUAGAAGGCAAUGGCAAUGGGACAUUCAACAACUAGAAAAAACUGCAGCUGAUCUAAGAAAAUGCAUUGCAAUGAAAGAUUAACAUGGCCAUAGGACAAAGUAGAACACAGAGUAUUCCCACAAAAAUUAUGGGGCAGAAUGUUGAGAAAUCAAUCAUAUUUUUAUUUUGGAAUUUUAUUUAUUUACUUUUAUUAAUGUAUAAUUGACAUACAAUAUUAUAUUUAUUCCAGGUAUACAACACAGUGGAUGUAGGUUUAUAUACAGUACCAAUACCAAUAAGCUUCCACUAUCAGAGGUCUGUCUUAAUGACAGAUAUAUUUCUCUUUUUUCUAAUCAGUCAUUGUUGAUAAAGUGCUUCCAACAUUACAAUUGAUAGCAGUAGUUAGACAAUAGGAAUGCUUACAGAAUAAUGGAUGACUCUGUGAAUAUUUUUCAUGUAUAUUAUAUAUUGUAUUCAUGAAUGCCAGUUUAUAAACAGUUGCCUUCACUAUCACAUAAAGUAAAAAUUUAGAAGAAACCCUUGACUUUACAAUAAUUUAAGUUGUUAAGAUAUUUAAAUGGUUGUCUGUUUUAAGCUUUAUGAGAACUUGUUUUUUUUUACUACUGCUUUCACAGUAGCCCAUAAAUAUUGACAUUUAUAAUAAUGUUGUUUUAUGUUCAACACCUCAGAUAUAUUUCUUAGUUUUCUCUUUCAUCCAGAAGGUAGCAAUCAUUUUUCUUUGUUAUUAGAUAACAUAUUUUUAGAGUGUUGCAAAACAUAACUUUUUGUUCCUGUUUAUGUCUUUAAAUUCUUUAUUACUUGUCUAAAAUAACAUUGUGUAAGCCUAACUUAGUUAACCAGUACAAACAUGUAUUUUUUUUCACUGAAAGACGCAUACUAUGUCCAUGACAACAAAUAAGAAUUUAACUUGCGCCUUUUAAGAUGAAAGUGUUCCUUCUCAUGGCUCCAUUGAUUCACACUUUUAGGAGCAAAAAUAAAAUAUUAAUUAUUAAA